AACUGCCAAAUUCAGCCAACAAAUCAAUCAACAUGAAAUGAAAACAGAUAAGUCGAAAUUGCCUCAACAAACUAUAAUAAAAUUAAAUUACUUUCAUUACACUAAAUUCAAUGGAAGGAAUUCUCUGGAAAUGGACUAAUUACUGGAAUGGAUGGCAAACGAGGUGGUUUGUUCUAGAGAAUGGGAUCUUAUCAUAUUAUAAAUCUCAAGAAGAAGUCAGCCAAGGAUGUAAAGGUUCAGUGAAAGUAUCAGUAUGUCAAAUAAAUGUGAACAACAUUGACUCUACAAGACUAGACCUAGUCAUACCCGGCCAGCAGCACAUGUACCUAAAGGCCCCGUUUCCACAGGACCGCCAGAAGUGGCUGGUUGCACUUGGAAGUGCUAAAGCAUGUGUAGCUUCGAAAAGUGAUCAGAAAGUUACAGGAUUUGGCGAGACUAAUUCAUUGAGCCACAAGAAGUCUGAGUUGAGGCUGUACUGCGACCUGAUGAUGCAGCAGGUGCAUGAAGUGCGCAGCGCCGUCACCACGGACGGAGUCCCUGAUACUCAGAAACUAGAUGAUGCUUCAAGUCUUCUGACCGCCACCUGCGACACCUUCAUACGAACCCUUGAAGACAUAAUGAAGCAAGCUAACGGCGUUGGUGCAAGUACAUUCGACAUGCCCUUACCCAAUAUACUGCCAAAAAACAACUGCCCCAACAAACCACCAAGACAAAGCCUGCAAAGAACAGUGUCUCAGCAAGAUACUAGAUAAAGGUGUCGUUUAGAAUUGAUUAUUUAAUUUAUCCAGAAUCAACUUUUAAAUAAUAGCCUGAAGAAGCUAUUACAUUAGGAUUUAAUAAGACUACUGGGUGUUGCAAAAAGGGUAAUCCGAAAGGGGAUGACAUAGAAACUGUCAUUGUUACGUAUUUUAGAAUGGAAAACAGUUAUUUUCGAGAAUUUCCAAAGGUCGUAGACCAAAACUUGAUAAGGAUAAGCCCCUGAGUUACCUCCUUUCGGCUUAGGUACUAUACCUCUUUUGUAACACCUAUAGGUAUAUGUAUUUAUUUAAAAUGAUCUAAGAAAAAGAAUAUUAUUAGUUACUUAUUUAUUUAUUAGGAAGUAGCAUCAAGAUUUGGUCUAGUUACAUCAUAAAUUAUUAAUGCAAACUGACACCCCAAACUAUUGAACACAGAUAUUUAUUGUAUGGACACUUGGUGAUAAGUACAUAAUAUUAUACCUAUUAAUUGUUGGCUUAAGUAGUGUGUAUUAGUUUAUUGUAUGAUCAUGACAAUGAAAAAUUUGUGCCGAAAGAACAUUAUUUUAGAAUUUCAAUGAUAGUAAGUAAGUAUAGCAUUUCAAUACAUUCCUUCGUUGAUUUAUAUUUAUUUUAUUAGGUAUGUACAUGUGAUUUUCGAAUAGGCUUAGGUAGGUACUUAAAAUUUGCAUGUGUCCUUUAAUUAAUCUCUUUUCAUGAAGCAUAAUAUUUAAAAUUAUAUAAUUAAUUGAGGCUCUACUUAUUAUAAUUUUAAGUUAACAUAAACUGCAAAGCCGAUGAGAAAUAAUAAACAGUGUAAAGAAUAA